ACACACUCAAGGAGGUAUUGCACUGAGAACAGGAACCAACAUGGAUGAGCUCGAUUUGCUGUUGGAAGAACUGGCCCUGAAUUCAGCUAGUUCAGAGACUGUCAGUGAGAACAGGAGCAAUCCUGCUGAUAGAGAGGCGCCUGGUAGAGUUUGUGCUGGACUUACCAAGAGUAAAAGAGGCACAGCCUGCUCAAAUGUCUACAGUGAGCUGCCUGCUCCUGUUGCAGCUUCUCUGGAACCUGACUCGCCCACUAAGGAGCUGGACUCCAUCUUGGAAGAUAUGCUGGGUUUGGGACAAGGGGAUCUGCCACCACUGACACAAAAGCAGUCUGUGAAAAAGAAAAGAGAAGGUGCACAAGAAGAGAACAAGGAGAGCAGCAGCACAGCAGGUUCAGAUCCACAGGCCUCGACUGCGAACAAGAAAACAGAUACGAUAGAUGACCUGCUAGGAGGGCUGAGCUCUGAUUUGGAGAAGAUUGGCGUACGCACCAUAGCCAAGGGCCACUGUGCUUCCUGCAAUAAAUGCAUCGUAGGAAAGAUGAUCACAGCACUGGGUGAAGUGUGGCACCCUGAACACUUUGUGUGUGCUGUGUGCAAGAUGGAGCUGAGCACCACAGGUUUCUUUGAGAGAGAGGGACGACCAUACUGUGACAAAGACUACCAUCAGCUCUUCUCGCCACGUUGUGCCUACUGCAAAGGCCCCAUUAUGCGGAACAUCCUGACAGCCCUGGACCAGACCUGGCACCCUGAGCACUUCUUCUGUACACACUGUGGAGGCCUGUUUGGACCUGAGGGUUUCCUAGAGAAAGAUGGGAAGCCAUACUGUUGCAAGGACUUCUAUCACCUCUUUGCUCCCAAGUGCUCAGGUUGUGGAGAGUCAGUGAGGGAGAACUAUCUGACUGCAGCCAAUGGCACCUGGCAUCCAGAGUGCUUCGUCUGCGCAGACUGCCUGAAGCCCUUCACUGACGGGUCUUUCAUGGAGCUGGACGGCCGACCCCUCUGCUCACUGCACUUCCACUUCCGACAGGGCACUCUCUGCGGUGGCUGUGGUGAGCCCAUCACAGGCCGAUGCACCUCUGCUCUCAAUCGAAAGUUUCACCCUGAGCACUUUGUGUGUGCCUUCUGUCUGCGGCAGCUCAGCCAAGGCAUCUUCAAGGAGCAGAAGGGGAAGCCGUACUGCUCGGUUUGCUAUAAUAAACUCUUUGUGUGAGCCAUAUCAUCCAAGCAGUUCACAGAAAUCAAUCAAAUGCUGCAUCAAUGUAAAGCUAAGAUGACAGUUUCUCCGCUGACUGAGUGAUAAAUUACCGUUAGGCAACUAUGCUAUUCUUACAUCACACAACAUGACAUUACAGGACUGCGUUUGCAUUGGUACAGAUGAGAAGUAAGCCUUUUACUUUUUUAGUUUUUAGUUUUUUUCAUGGCUAAGCGAGUUAACAGACUUAAGUGAUUUUUGAAAACUGAUACUGUAUGAUAAAUUACACGAUUGACAGUGUGUAACAAGAAGUGUGACCUAAAUUACUAUAAGAGAUUAGGUUGUAAAACAAGGAAAAUUCACUUCCCAUGAUAAAAACAUUUUUUUUUGUGAGUUUUGGAUGGUUGUUAAGGGUGUGUUGCUGACACUUGGGUCUAAAUUUAAUUGGAUUCCAUACAUUAUGACCAUAUAAAUUUUAUAAAUGGAGAAAGAAAAACACACAGGUGCAGUUGUAAUCUAUGGUUUCUAUUAGGUGAUCAUUAGUUUGGAGUUAGUAUUGGCAGAGCAGAGAUACUCUGGCAGUGUGGAGCAGUUUGUCAAGGGGCUUGUCUAGUUGGCCUGAUAGCUUGUAUUGGCAUCAACUGGCAGGGAAUCAGUGUGCCGACCUGAGUUUCACCUUACUCUGACUGACCUGGCAUGCACCAGGUUCAGACAACUACUUCCUUCUCUGUACAGUCUCCUUCACAAACGCCUACUGAAGAUUGAUGAAUGUGGUGAUGUGGACAGAGAGGGCUCCAGAAGGAGCUCCUUUACAUCGUGCGUCUCUUCAGCAACUCACAGUGACUGUAGAAGGAACAAUCAACCACAAUGUACUUCAUAGUAAAUUUAUUUUGGGUGCUAUACCUUGUAUGUCUGGGCCUAUUUUUGUUGCCUAACAGUUUUUAUUCAUGCGACCCUCUACAGGAUAAUAAUGGAUGGACUGGUUCCAGAUCUACAUAUCAUAACAAAAUCCGUGUUUUCAGUAAAACAAACUGCAAAUUCCAAACUGUACUACUUGAAGCCAGCUCGUUCAAAGAUCAAAGGUCAAAGUGUUUAUUCGUCAUAUGCACAGUUAGGAAACGU